AGUCGCUCGGAAAGUGAGAGAGACAGAUCUUCGCUAUAUAGCUGUAUCGUAGCGAGGUGAGCGCCUGAGAACUGUGGGAUCCCUCUAAUCUGAGAUGUUUUACUGCAUCAGAGCUGCAACAUUUAGAGAAGCAAGCCCACCCACGGAGCUUCUCUCCCCUCCAGUGCACUCACCGCCCCUGCUUUAAAGGGGAAAGAGGCAGAGGUAGGAAGGGAGCCAGCAGAGAGUAUAGAAAGAGGAAGCGGCGUGCAUCUAACUGGCUUCAACAUCAGCUUCAGCACUUCUCUGUUUUGUUAACCAAAUAAUGAUGUGCUCGGAGGAACAUUUCCCACUUGGACUGGCUACGACGGAGGCAUCAUGAGGCCUAACCACCGCUGGACCGUCCUGCAUGUGUUCAUCUUGGCAGGGAUGCUUCUCACCUUAAAAGCUGACAGUGAAGAAUCAGAUUGUGGAGUUGAAGUUAAAGUCGUUAAAGACAUCGUUUAUGAAGCCGUCCUCGGAGAAGACCUUCGGAUUUACUGCACUGUUGAAUUCUGCAGCGGUUCACCGCCUACAGUCUCCUGGUACAAAAGUGAGACAUCUAAUGUCCCCGUCAACGUGAGCAGCAGCAGUCACAUUAAAACGGAGUGGAAACUUUUAAAACAUCUCGAAGGGAGAUCAUUCUUGAUCUUUCAAAAGGUACGCAGAAACGACUCAGGUGCGUAUCAGUGUCAAGGUGGAGGACGUGUCAGUCAUUUCAUCAACGUCUCUGUCCACGGUGAUGGUGGGGGUACCAAUGUUACAAAGAACAAUGACACAAGAAGAACUUUGGAUCAGAAACCCUCAGAAGAUCUAUGGCUGUACAUGUACUUUGCUGCAGGGAUUGUGGCGUUCGUCAUCAUAGUGAUAAUUAUAUCGGUCGUAUCAAUGCGAGGGUGUAAAGGCAAAUCAAAAUCAAAGAAAGAGACGCAAACGGAAAAUCGGUACAUGGCGAUCCCCAUGGUCGAGCAACCCUUCUUGCACGCCAGCCCUCAGCCUCUGCCAAGAGGAAGACCCUCUGCUCCGCCAUGUCGGCGGUCGACCCGGAGAAAGACCCCGCCCUCACAGCCCAACAAGCCGCCAUUGCCGAAAGACAACGAGCACGUGUACGGCAAGAGGAGAGGGGACCGAGAGAGACGGGGGGUCGCGGUGCAGGAAGCGGGGGGUUCUCUUGUGUAUGCUGCUCUCAACCAUCAGCUUCCAGCGGCGGCUGCUGCCCGGCCGCGGAUGCCGAGAGAGGAGACAUCGGAAUACGCGGCUAUCCGCGUUAAAGACCCGUCACCCAUGAGACUGAAGAGCAUGACGUCUUGAUGUAAACUCAGCAACUGUUAACACCAGAGGACCACAUUUCAAAGUGCCACAUCCCAGAGGAGCUCAACUUUAGCCCUAUGCUAAAAUUAGCAUCUUCACAAUUUGGUCAAAAGACUCUGCUGGACAUGUGUGAGGUCAUCAUAUACCAAUAAGAAAUGGGUGCACUCCAAACGUGCCCAAUUGAAACGGAGUGCAACCAAGCUCGACCGUCUGUUUGGUGUCCAUCUCAUAAUUUACUCCUGUUCUAGUAACAGUAACAAAAUGUCUUCAACAAAUAUAGAUUUGUUUGCCAUCUGGGUUUGAAUGUUUUGUGUCACGCACUCACUGUGGGUUAAAACUGUGUCCUUGUGCUGUUGCACGUCCGUGACUUGAAUUUACUCUGUCGAGUAACCUCAUAUCUAAUAACAGUAAUGGUUUCACGAGCUUACAAACUCACUGUCUGACUACAUGAAUGACUAAUGACCUUCUGUAAUUCUUUCUUUUUAAAAUAAUUAUUGUGUUUCUCAAACUGGGAAAUCAAGAAUGUAAUAACGAUCUAAUCAUUUUGUGCAAUCACAUAACAUAAUGUGUAUCCUUAACUGUUUGAUUUCAAAUAAGAUUACAUCCAUCAUU